UACUUCCGCACGUUAUAAGUGGUGGAGGGCAGAACGCAGCAGACCACCAUUUGUACCGAGAGAUGAUGCUCCGCGUCCUUCGCCAGCCGCGCCAAGCGCGCUCCGUCGCCAAGUCCGCCGUGGCGUCCUUCUCGGACGACGCGACCAGCGGCAAGCGUGGCAAGGCCAAGCAGCGCCUCUUCCAGCAGGCCAUGGAGAAGGCGCCCUUGAAGCCGACGGUGCCCACGGACGCCGAGGAGUCGGAACGCCUCUUCUUCAGCGACAAGGAGCUUGAUGCGGAGUACGGCAAGUACGAGUCGGUCAUGGACAACAAGAACGAGCCCGAGAGCGACUACACGCCGCUCAAGGGCCGCGUCGAGAACGAGCUCAUCAUGGCCGAUAAGAGCUGGCCGCUCACGUCCGGUACGGACCUUUUCAUGGACUUGAUCCAGAUCCCGGCGACGCCGUUUGACGACGAGAAGCGCGCGAUUGUGAACGCUGAGGCCUUCAAGCGCAUGGGCUACACCUCGAUCUGGGACGUCAAGCUGCCUGAGAUUGCCGUCGAGAUCCCGGCCGACCACCCGGACUACAACGCGCUCACGAUCAUGAAGCAGUCGCUCAUGAACAACGGCCGCAUCAAGAUGGAAGACAAGAACGAAAUCAUGGAAAUGCUCUUGGACGAGAUCAACCGCCUGAGCGCAGACACAACCGAGUUGGUGCCUGGCAUCGACCUAGAAGACGACUAAAUAGCAGCCCGUGUAUGGAAUACAAAGUACUAGACCCCGGUUCCACCCAUGAUUCGAUCGUUGUACGGGACCACUGAGCGCCAUCGUCGUCGUCCCGUGCUGCCAUAUUCGACGGUGGCAUGGCGCGCCAUCGCGCAUGACAGCUUGACCGGUGCAUCAUAAGUUCUUAUACCGGUAGUAGAGUACGUUGACAUGACCC